AUGAUUGAUCAAACUAAGGAGUUUCUCAAGUCCAAAUUUAAGCUAAAAGACUUGGGAGUAUUGAGAUAUUUCUUAGGCCUUGAAGUGGCUGGAUCUUCUAAAGGAAUCAGCCUAUGUCAGAGGAAGUAUGCACUUGAAUUAAUCUCUAAAUCUGGUUUGGCUGGCUCAAAACCCUCUGCUCUUCCAAUGGAGUCCAAUUUGAAACUUACUUCGGUAGCAUAUGGUAGUCAAUUUCCUUCUGGUACUGAUCCUUUGCUUAAUGACCCCUUUGUUUAUCAGAGAUUGGUUGGAAAACUUUUAUGUUUGUGCAUGACCAGGCCUGAUCUAAGCUAUUCAGUUAGCAUUUUAAGUCAGUUCAUGCACCAACCCAAGCAAUCACAUAUGACGGCAGCUCUCAAGGUGAUAAAGUAUGUGAAAUCAGCUCCAGGUUUAGGCUUAUUUUUCCCUGCUACUGACACCUUGAAUUUAUCAGCUUAUAGUGACUCUGAUUAG